UGAAAUAGUGGGUGAAGGAUCACGUAUUUUUAAGGGUGUGGGAGACUUUGGUGGUAGAGCUCAGUUUUGCGUGUCGACAUCAAUCCUGGAGUUAAGAAGCCAUGUUGUACAGGAGCACAAGGAUGUCAAAGAAGUCAGCAGCGAAGAUAUCGUAAUUCGUAGUGUGUGGUAUCUGAGAUCAGCCUAACGAGAGUUCAACAUUACUGGAUUUGUUAACUCCGGGUAUGCAGUAAAUGGGAUGUCACAUAAUCCUUCAGCGCCCAGUCCUUUGGGUCAGAUGCCACCUAAUGAAGGUAUGCCAGGUGGGCCUAUAGGACCAGGAGGCUUCUUUCCAGUGUUCAUGUCACCACGGUAUCCAGGCGGGCCAAGGCCGGGGGUUCGGAUGGCUCAACAAGUGGACUUCAAUCCACCUGGUGGAGUUCCAGGACAACCUAUGAUGCCCAACAGCAUGGACCCCUCGCGACAAGGUGAAGGUGGGGAGUUUGUUGGGUGGCAAGGGCCACCAGGUAUGAGCCCAAUGAAUCCAAGGAUGAACCCCCCUCGAGGUCAGCCACUUGGAACCAUGAACCCUGGGAAUUAUGGAGCAAUGAGGCCACCCCCAAAUAGUGGAAUGGGACCAGGAGGACCGGGAAUGUCAAUGCCUGGUCCUGUGGGCAGACCCUGGCAACCUAAUGCUUCAACGAUAAAUUAUUCCUCAGCAUCUCCUGGUGGCCACUAUGGUCCUCCAGUGUCCAGUACAGGUCCUCCUGUUCCUGGAACACCAAUCAUGCCAAAUCCACAAGGUACAGCUGGCCCUUAUUCCCCUGCAGCUCCAAGAAUGAAUGCCCCCAACACGAGAAGAGAUUCAUCUAACUCUGGUGGAGAUGGAAUGUACACAUUGAUGAAAACUGUUCCAGGUGGAAAUAUGCCAGGGUUUCCAAUGGGUCCAGGUCCUGAUGGUUCUAUGGGCCCUAUGGGACCAGAUAUGGGUCCUCCUGUAAUGAAUGGCAUGUCUUCAACUGGUGAUGGUCUAGAUGGAAUGAAAAACUCUCCUGCUAAUGGUCCAGGAACUCCAAGAGAAGAUGGGCCUCCAAUGAGCGAGUUUGGUAUCCCAGGUUAUGGACAGGAAAAUGAUCAGAACGAAUCAGCGGCAAUACUGAAAAUCAAAGAGAGCAUGCAAGAGGAAGCCAAAAGGUUUGAGAAAGCCACCCCAUCAGAACAUUCGGAAUAUUUCAUGCAAUAACUUGUGCUCUCAGUCUUUUCUCCCACAUGUUAUAACCUGCCAGGAGGCACAUGCCCCUUCAUCACAUAUCCUCUCUUGGGGUCUCUCCAGCACACUGAUAUUAAUUACCAUCUGGCUUAAUUUUUAAAGCUGAGAGACAGUGGAAUAAGCCUAAACAAAUCCCUCAAGAUUCCAAUCAAAAUCUCAUUAGCCAGAGCUUGUUUCAGUGUGGAAACUGUAUUAUAGAUAUAGUGCCUGCACAGAGCUACACUUUCAGAGUUAAACCAGAAACAACAUUGUGACCAGGUUCUUUGGAACCAUCUUUUUAAUAUGAUGUUUUUUUCAUCCCACAAUGAUUCAUAACUGAAUGGACCCCAUCAUUUUCAUUAAAGUAAUUUAAAUGUCACUUAGCUUAAUGUAUGAAGCUAGAAUAGAAAGUUCUAUGUAUAUAUAUAUCCCAAGUAUUACAACAAAAAAAAUGUCAUCCUCCGAUCAUGUAUACUUUUCUUUUAGUGUAUUUGAAUUCUAAUCUAUGAUACCGAAAUAGCCGAGGCUUUGUUCUUCUGUUUGUAUCAUGUGAAUUUGUAUAAAGUUACACGUAUAUUUGCUGCCAUUCACAUACACUUGAGAAAUGUCUGCUGGGUGUAACUUUUCUCAAUAAAUCCAUUUCUUUAGUUAGAAAACAUAGGAGGAAAAAAAAAAAGAACGUUCCAAACUUGCAAAGAGAAAGGGAUCAAAGUGGGCUUGGUAGUAAGUGUCAAAGUCUCACCUCCUUGUCAGUAUUUUCUUCUUUUUAAUGCUGUCACUCAUAUCAGGCAUCGUUUGUGUGAUGCUGCAUGGAAAAUAUGUAUAUUUUCAUCGAAGCGAUAGACGAUAGCUUUUUAAAACUAUACUGAAUUUUAUCUCAAAGCAUAACCUCCAAUUCGUACAUACAUUGUUUUUAUUUAUACACAUUAUUGAUAGUAGUACAACUAGUAAUCCUACUUGUGUAAAGAUCUUGGGAUGUACCUUUGUAAUGUUUAUAUGUUCUGGUGAAAAAUUUAGUGAGCAUCAGUUUUUGUAAAUUGUUUGUGGAGGAUCAUAUUUAGAUGUAGAUUACUUUUGGGGUAAAUAAAUGUUGAUUUAGGACACAAAGUAAGGUAAGAAAAAAAUGUCUUGAUAACCUCUAGUUUACACAGAUCAUUAGGUUUCUUUUUAACCCUAAAAACUGGCACUCGGCUCUGGAUGAAAGAAGUAUAAACUAUAACAGGUGCCAAGUUAGGAACUUUUACUAAAUCUAUGCAGUUGUGUUUCUACUUUAUUAAAAGAAAGCUGAAGCAUUGAUUUAAUAACUAUCAAGACCUUUACUGGACAACCUAAUAGUAUUCAUCCAUACUUUAAUAUUUUGAUAUUGUUAAUCCCUAAGCAACGAAUCUUUAAACACUUCGUAAGUAAGAAAAAUUAAAUAAUAAGAGUAAACAUUUUCAGAGAGUUUAUAAUUAUUAAAAUGAUUGUUACUUUACCUUAAACAUAUGUAAGGAUUCCAGAACUAAAUAUUUUUUAUUAGUAGAAGUAGCUUAAUUUUACAAUAUAGAUA